AUCCCAGGCUCAGGUCUCCGAGCACGGCACACGACCAGUGAAGCCGCCCGCUCCGCGGCUUGCGAGCAAAAAGCAGGAGCUGGUAGCUUCUUGUAGCUCGUGGCCGGUAGCUUCUUUUAACAGCUGCAGCGGCAAAUGGACGCCGGCGACGCCAUGGAAAAGGGCCAGCGCUCGUCAUCGCGGCUGCCAGAGAGGGGGGCUCCAAAGAUUCAGGAGGAAAGCCUCACGGUGCCACUCAUUCAGAACAAGAAAACCGGGAGCAAAGCACCGGCGGUGGUUCUAGGAUUCGAGUGCCUGGAGAGCACGGCGUUCAAUGGCAUCGGCACGAACCUGGUGGUGUACCUAGAGACCGUCCUGCACGGCAGCAACGUAGCCAGUGCGUCCAGCGUCACCUCGUGGUUCGGCACCAGCUACCUGACCCCGAUCUUCGCCGCCAUCGUCGCGGACACGUUUUGGGGCAACUACAACACCAUCCUCGUCUCGCUCCUCGUCUACCUUCUUGGCAUGAUGCUCGUCACCUUCUCGGCGUUCCUGCCGGCCACCGAGCUCUGCGGAGUCGGGCCCUGGUGCCACCCCAUGCUCGGCUCGCGGAACGUGGCGUUAUUCCUCGGCCUCUACCUCGUGGCCUUCGGCAGCGGCGGCGUGCGCGCGGCGCUGCUGCCGUUCGGCGCGGACCAGUUCGACGGCGACAACGCCGUGGACCGGGAGCGCAGGAUGUCCUUCUUCAGCUGGUACUACAUCUGCGUCGACUUCGGCAUGAUCGUCUCGGGCGUCUUCAUCGUGUGGGUCCAGCAGAACGUCAGCUGGGGCCUCGGCUUCGGCAUCGCCACCGCCUGCAUCGCCCUCGCCUUCGGCGGAUUCGUGCUCGCCACGCCCAUGUACAAGCGCCGGAUGCCCACCGGCACGCCGCUCAAGAGCCUGGGCCAGGUCGUGGUCGCCGCGCUCAGGAAGGCCAGCCUCAGAGUCCCCGCGGACGCCAGCCUCCUCUACGAGGUCCACGACAAGAUCGACGAGCAGCCCAGGAUCACGCACACCGACGAGUUCGGGUUCCUCGACAAGGCGGCGGUGGUCGUGGAGACGGACCUGGACCUGGAGGAGGUGACGAACGACGCCGACGCCGCGGGGUCGUCGUGGAGGCUCUGCACGGUGACGCAGGUGGAGGAGCUCAAGAUCCUGCUGCGCCUGCUCCCGAUAUGGGCGACCAGCAUCGUGCUGUCGGCGGCGUACGCGCAGCUGAACACCACGUUCGUGCAGCAGGGCGGCGUGAUGGACAUGCGGGUGAUGUCGCUCACCGUCCCGGCCGCGUCCAUGGUGUCCUUCGAGGUGCUGUGCGUCCUGGCGUGGGUGCUCAUCUACGGCUCCGCGGUCGUGCCGGCGCUCCGGGCCAUCUCCCCCGCCCGCGGCGAGCCGUCGCAGCUGCAGCGGAUGGGCGCCGGGCGGCUGCUCAUGGCGUGCGCCAUGGCCGUGGCGGCGCUGGUGGAGACGAAGCGCCUCGACGCCGCGGGCCGCGGCGAGUCCGUCAGCAUCGCGUGGCAGAUGCCGCAGUACUUCGUGCUGGCCGGCGGGGAGGUGUUCUGCUACAUCGCGCAGCUGGAGUUCUUCUACAACGAGGCGCCGGAGACGAUGAAGACCAUGUGCACGUCCUUCGCGCUGCUCACCGUCGCGCUGGGGAGCUACAUGAGCUCGCUCAUCUACGCCGUCGUGGACGCGUUCACGGCGACCGGCGGCCGGCCCGGCUGGAUCUCUGACAACCUCAACGAGGGCCACCUCGACUACUUCUUCUGGACCAUGGCGGCGCUGUGCACGCUCAACUUUGUUGUGUACAGUGGGUUUGCCAGGAACUACAAGGUCAAGACGGUUGUGUCAUGAUCCUGCCACCGCCAGCGUACACGAAAAGGGUCCAGUUAGUCAUGCAGUGGCCAGUGGGUGUUGUUAGAUUUUAGGGUUUGCUACUGCUAGGGGGCGUAGAUCAGGGUUAACAAAACCGGUAUUAAACCGGCGCCCGGGAAUGAUUUCCCAGCGGUUUUGUUUUCAAAUUUCAUUCUAAAUUAAAAAAUUUGAUAUUUUAU